AUGCCUGUCGUUGUGUCGAUGCACGCCUGCUCGGCGUGGCCGGUGAGCAUCGACCUCGUCGCUUUUCGUUUUUUCUUGGCGGGGUACUCGGCUGAGGAGGCGGUGGAGCAGCUCAUGGUGCCGCAGAGUAAAACGCAAACAGCGGUACCGCGCUGGCGCACGUCCUCUGCAUCACCCUCGUCCUCAAGGUCAUCGGACUCGGGCAGAGACUCGCACCCGGGCUCGGCGUCGUCGUUGUGGUUCGUUUCCCGCUCUGUGGAGCACCGUCGCCAUCGACGGCAUCAGCGAAAGUCUCAGCAACUGCAGUGCUCGCUCUCCGUGAUGCACAAUGCGCAGCAGCAGACCGAGGACAAGCGCUUAGAGGCCGAGGAUGAGAGUCCUCAGAUCACGAUGCCCACCACGGAGGCAGCUCUGCCUCGUACCAGCUCAACAGGACGCUUCGAGAGCGACGAGUGCAUACCGACCACCGCCGCAGCUCCAAGCAGUACCCCCGUGUUCAGCAGUAGCACCACCCACGUCUCUGCUUCAUCCACGACUGUCGGUGUGGCAGCGUCCUCCGCGGUUUCCCACCCCAUCUCGGACGUCCACACAUACCGCCAUCGCCAUCGUCAGCAUCAGUAUCGAGACAAGUUGCAAGGCGGCUCCGAAAACAAAAAGCCGCACCACACAGCAUCACACUCGCGCCGUUCGCGCACAGCCGCCCCGCCGUCGAAGGUGAGCAGCGAGUCGACUCCACUUUCGGCUGGCUUCAGCAGUUCCAGACGCCUCACCGAUUACGCUACCGUCUCCACUACCGCUGCCGCCCCCGGCGAUGCCAGCAGCGGUAGUGGAGCGCGGGCAGGUGGGUCGAGCAGCAACCACCAUCUUCACCACGUCAACUUCGGCGAUGUGAAGGCAUCCUCAUCUUCGCAUCAGCUCCGCGAGAAGCGCCGCAAAGCCAACCCAGAUCAGCAGUGCUUCUUCUUGAAUGAGGGCUACAUCAAGUUUCAGCUGCAGCUACAGGAUGUUGAGGCAAUCGGCGGGAGCCCCGUCUGCUCCUCCUCCCUGCAGAGUCGCUACCUGUUCGAGGAGGUGACGGAACAGUAUCAGACGUUUCGCGAGCUGUCACGCGAGGAGCAGCUCGGCUCCCCCUAUGCGUUUCUCUCCAACUAUUAUAUUCCCAUACCCGUGGCAACGCGUCUGCAGCUACUGCAAAUGUUCUACGAGACGGACGUGGGCAUCUUUCGGUGGGCCUUCGGCGACAAACUCAGCCGCUUCGACUUGCCCGCAGCGCUGAGUGCAGCGUGCGAGGAAAACGUGAGCGGAGCUCUCUCGGCGGGUGCGGUGGGACUCAGCAGCAACUCUGGUAGCAGCAGCGGUGCCGCAGACGGGGUAGGCAGCGCCGCGUCCUUCUGGACCAGCCGGUGGAAGAGCUCCCCCAGCAAGCUUGCAACAAUGGACGCGGCGACGGUGAAGCGGCUCAGCGAGCAGCACGUCGACGCCCUUCGUCGUCAGUGGGAAAAUGUCAAGCGCGUCUGCGUCACUGUCGCAGCCCUCUAUCGCGGCAGAGGCGGCAUGUGCGUUCCCCUCGAUAUGCCCCUCCUGACGACCAUCCAGCAGUGCUUCGGACUACGCAACGAACAGGCUGUCAAUUACGCCACAGCAGCCUUCGGCUUCGAGCACCACCUGGAGACGCGUCUCUUUGAGCACUUGCACAACUUCAGCGAGUACGGCGUGAUCUGCACCAUCGUGGCAUCUUUGUGGUGUGACUGCUCCGGUUAUUUCUUAAGUGGGGUUUUCCGUGACGGAUGCCGCCGACUUGGUCGCCUGCUGGAUGAGUAUCGCAUUCUGUCGGAACUUCACUUCAUCAUCUUUGGUGAGGCAAUGCGUCCGCGGUGGCAGGUGCAGCUGGACGAGGUGCAGCGCGUCAUCACAACCUCUUCUCAUGUCGACAAAAAUGCGAUGGCUUCAGCAACGGCAGCGGUUUCUGGGACGAGUCCUGUCACCUCAGGCAUCAGCGGCGGUGGCGGCAGCGUUGCAACGCCAACGACAGUGUCCGGUGGUGCUCUGCCUAUCUUCUCGAGUAGCGUCGCUGGGGUGGGCAGCGGUCACUUUGGCGGCACGACAGGCGGGACCGCGCCUGACUCGGGCAACGCCAGCACGUUCACCCCGUCAGUAACCCCGACUACAAGCGGGCCGCCUAGCGCGAACAACGUGCACUCACCGUUCAGCGGCAACGGGCAGUACAGCCGGCCCUUUUUGAUGGAGUUCCCGUCCCUGAUGAAGCACCUUUUUCGCAUCUGCGUGACCCUCGGCAACAAUGGUGGUCUCAACGACGGCCUCGACAUCUUCUUCACUCGCAUCUACUCUUACUUGGAGCUUCUCAGCUCACGAACGGCGUCUGCGAUCGCGUCGCGCAUGGUGAACACCGCUGCAUCAGGCGGGUUUACCACGACCGGUGGCGCUGCUGCUCCUGGGACUGGGGUCCAUGCCUGCGCUCUGUCUGGCCAGUUUGGUGGGUUCACUGGCGGUGGUGACGCCGUGCCUGGCAUUGGCGCAUCCGUAGCGCCGUCUGGUCGACCGCCGCUGCCGCCGUACAGUGGCCGCGUGCGGAGCAAUGACGACUUGAGCCGCGUCGCGGCUGACAGCGUAGGUACGAGGGUACCAGCUACCGCCUCGACACCACCGCCCCAGGGUGCAUCCUCGUCGUCCACCGGUUUGACGCGCAGUGGCACGAGCCUCGGCAGACCGCUUGGCGUAGGACUUCCUCGCGUGACGUCUUCCGGUCAUCUUCCUCGCCAAGCUAGUGGCAGAGGAGGUGGCGAUACGGACGCGAUGUCGCUGCCCACAAUGGCACGCGCUGCUCACCUCACCACCGCCGCAGGAAGCAACGGUUGCGUCGAUGAGGGUUUUGCCGCGAGCACUUCAUUCCCCUACGCGAUCUCUACUAUCAUAAACACCUCCUUGACUCAGCCUGCCAGCGCUCUGCUACCCUUGACUGCAGCCAUCACCGCCCAUAACAGCUAUACAAUCGACAGCUUCGCCUCUUCAUCGCUAUUACCUGCGCUGAGAACUUACGGCUUUGCGUCAGAAGACGAGCCUACAGACAGGAACACGGACGCAGGGUACGGACACGGUGAGGCGGUGGCCCCGCCCAUGCCGGGUGGCGUCCACCCAGCGAGCUGCUCUUCACCACAUAACAGCGGUGGCAUUUCCUUCGCGACGGCACAGCCCGGGCCUGCCUCGACGUCGUGCUUACCGUCCCAGGUGAGUGACAUGGUGCUGAAAGUGAUUGACAAGCGAUAUCUGCGCGAACUCUGCAUGUUGCUCACAGCCCUGCCCCUUGCGUGGCGCCAGCUGACAGUGCUGACGCAUGAAGACCACAUGACGACCGACAAGGCUGUGUGUGAUGUGAUGAUGGCACUGAAGUCAAUCACGCAGGUGCUCAUGGCUUCGGACGACUUUCAUUAG